CUAGGAUGGUGUAGGAUGACUUGACAACCGGUGAUGUAGUUACCUCCUUAAAGCAUGUUUAGGUACCUACCUAUGCUUGAUACGUAUCUACGCAGGUACUUAUCUACGAUAACGCUCUUUUGUUAUGUAUCAUAAAAUGAGAUUCUCUAAGUGAAAUAAUACGAACUUCGGGAAUUGGCUAGAUACGAUUUAUAGAGGAUCACGAUAACUACCAGCCUCUAGGGCCAACAGAGGUGGAAAUCUCAGCUAGGGGUUGGGGUGUCAACUUCCGCGAUAUCUUCAUCGCUCUUGGUCGCCUAGAGGAAAACGACUUUGGAACUGACUGUGCUGGUGUUGUCACGAGAGUGGGAUCCCAGUGCCAGGAUAUACGGCGAGGUGAUCGUGUGUGCAUGUGCACGAGCGGCUGCAUGAAGGCAUAUCCACGUGCUGACCAGCUCGCUGUUGCCCGCAUUCCAGAUUCCGUUUCUUUCGAAACAGCCUGUGCGAUCAUUGGUCCAUCUAUUACGGCCUGGUACUCCUUGAUCGAAGUUGGCCGGUUGCAAAAGGGUGAGAGGGUACUCAUCCAUGCCGCAUCUGGGGCUACCGGACAGCUUGCUAUCCAGGUCGCAAAGAUGGUUGGCGCAGAAAUAUUUGCAACGGUUGGCUUUGACCAUAAAAAGCAACUGCUCAAGGAUGUAUAUGGGAUCCCAGACGACCAUAUUCUCUAUAGUAGGAAUACCAGCUUUGCUAAGGGCAUCAUGAGAAUGACCAACGGCACCGGGGUAGAUGUUGUACUAAAUUCCUUGGUGGGCGACAGUUUACGUGCUUCGUGGGAAUGUGUCGCGCCAUAUGGUCGAUUUGUCGAGAUCGGAAAAGUGGAUAUCUACGCCAACACUUCGUUGCCCAUGGGCUGUUUUGCGAAGAACGUUUCUUUCUCGGCUGUUGACUUGCGUCACAUUAUGCUUUCUAGGCCAGAGGCCGCCCGAAAACUAUUGCUCAAAGCAAUGGAACUGGCCCAAAAAGGAAGCGUAUAUAGCCCUGAACCAUUGCAUUUAUACGACGUAUGCGCUGUCGAAGAAGCUUUCCGAUAUUUCCAAAGUGGCAAAAACACGGGACGGACUGUCAUCAAAAUUGACGGAGAUGUUAAUGUCCAAAAGCAUAUAAUUCAUCGAAGAACGUGGCAGUUUGAUAAUAAGGCGACUUACAUGGUUGUUGGGGGGUUGGGUGGAGUUGGAAGGCUGCUGCUCAAAUGGAUGGUCUCCCGGGGAGCGAAGUAUCUCAUCGUUCCUUCACGAUCAGGCAUCGCAUCUCAAACAGCGGCGAAUUUGGUAGACGAACUGACUCAGAAGGGUGUAACCAUCGCCACUCCAGCAUGCGAUGUGUCAUUAGAGAAGUCGUUUUCUAAGAUGCUCGCACAAUACAGCAGUACUUUCGCCCCUAUUCGGGGUUGCAUUAAUGCAGCAAUGGCUCUCCAUGACUCGACGUUCGACAAGAUGAGAUACGCGCAGUGGGAGGGUACCGUACGCUCAAAGGCCCGGACGUCGUGGGUUCUAUCAACUUUGCUCCCCAAGGACCUUGAAUUUUUCAUCUCCCUCUCAUCGACGACAGGGGUAGCUGGAAACAUCGGCGCACCCAACUAUGCAGCUGGAUGUACCUUCCAGGAUUCCCUAGCAGAAUAUCGUGCUCAGAGGUACAGCGGCAAAUCACUGUCGAUUGACCUAGGCGUGAUGAGCAAAGUCGGUAUUGUGGCUGAGACAGCUUCCCUGCGGAGAGUGUUCAGCAAGUCCCAUGGCCAUGCCCAAGUUGAUGAUGAAGAUCUCCUUGCAUUGUUGGAUGUGUGCUGCGACCCUGCACAGGGCCUUUCCCGAAGCCAAGUCGUAAUGGGCCUUCCCACGCCGGCUGAGCUGGUCUCUCGCGGCCUCGAAGUAGUGGAAGCGUUGAAACAACCAUUACUAGCACACUUCAGCCAGUCCCGCAGUCUGUCGGCUGAUGCUCGUGAACCAGGGAGCCAAAUGCGCCCAAGAGCCUUAUUUCAGAAGGCUAAGACGGACGAGGAGAGGACGACAAUUGUUGUGCAGUGUAUGACGCAGAAGAUGGCACAGGCGCUGUCGAUCGACCCCGACGAAGUAGAGAUAGAUAAGCCACUUCAUGUGUUCGGUGUCGACUCUCUCGUCGCCGUAGAGCUUCGAAAUUGGAUGAGAAAUGAGUUUGCGGCACACAUUCCUGUCUUUGAGAUCACUGGAGGAAAGACAAUCGAGCUUAUUGGAGAGCUGGUAUGCAAAGCCAGUGAGAUCAGAAGGGUUGCAUGAUGGGCAUGUACCGAAAUUCGAAGUUAAGAUGGGUACUCCGGUAUCACUAGGUAUAGUUAAAUCAUUGAUUAAAUGUGAAGCUCAUUGCAAUUCCAACUCUGCUCCCUCUUGUCCGCGCUGCUAGGUACCGAGGUGCUGCCCGAAGCACAGGGAUUCACCAAGAUGAACCGAGCAAGCACCAUAAACGAUUGAGAUAUUUUCUUUUACUUGCGAGAGCGAGAUUGACAUGAACUUUGAGCUUCGCAAUACAUGGCAAUGAAGGGAAAUUCCGAUCAUUAUUUCCAAAGCUUGCGCAAAACGCCACUCUUCGAUAUCUUCUAUGCUCGGUAGACCUAUUUUCGGGGUUCUUCAUUGGUGGUAAAAUCAGCAUGUCCACCAGGGCAGCUCCAAAAACUAUUGAACAAGUCCGAGAGUUGAUUAAGUAAGCACUUUAGGUAAUCUCUCAAGGGCCUGGUUCGUGCGCGAUAUUUGUUUCCCACUGUCAUGUGACAUCCUUAGACCAGAUAACACUCUUUGUUGAACCUUAAGUUACCU